AUGAAAGGGUUACUGAUAGUAGAUGGGUGGAAGUGGACGACGAAAAAAAAAAGUAGAUACCAACGAGAGAAAAUAAACGGAAAAAGCAGCGUGAGACAGGAUGAUUUCGACGUCCCUCUGCUUUGUUUUUGCGUUUUCUCUCUUUUCUUUGUCUCUUUCUUCGCAAUCUUCUCAGAAUCUUACCCCUUCAUAAGUUCAUUGUUCCCCUGCCUCUCUGUGUGUUCUACAUCGAAGCCGCUGGCGGUGGGAGGCACCUUCUCAGUUCUCCGACCACAAUGUAAAAUUAACGGGCUUAAGGACGUUUCCCCCCUUUUCUUUUCUUUGAGUUCCUUCUCCGCUUUUUGCAGUUUGUUGCCUCCUUUUGUGCGUGUUGGCGCUGCUUACCUUGCGGUCUGUAUGUGA